CAGGUGCCCGGUCCCAGCCGCGGCCCCCGCAGACGCGGAGAUGGACGUGUUUGGAGGGGCCCCCAGGUUCCUGGCCUACCCCCGCACGUUCACCGUGCAGAGUGGCGCCGAUGCCCUCCUUAAGUGCCAGAUCACGGGGGACCCGCAGCCCAGCAUCGCCUGGGAGAAGGACAAGGCACCCAUCACGCCAGCCGGGCGCUUCCGUGUGCAGGCCGAGGGCAACAUGUACAGCUUGCUGGUCUCGCGGGUGACGCCCGAGGACAGUGGGCAGUACAUCUGCAAGGCCAAGAACAGCGUCGGCGAGACCUACGCUGCUGCCACGCUCAAGGUGGAGCCCGGGGAGCUGCGCUGCGAGGGGCACCCCGAUGACCGGGCCCCCGUCUUCCUGGCCCGGCCCCUCUCCCUGCGCGUCAGCCGCGGGGAGGAUGUGUCGUUCAGCUGCCGGGUGCUGGGGCAGCCGGGCCCCGUGCUGGAGUGGGAGAAGGACGGGCGCAAGCUCUCUGACCUCUUCGAGAGCAGCCACUUCUGUGUGGGCAAGGAGCCUGAGGACUGGCACUUCCUGCGGAUCUUCGGGUCCCGGCCCCCGGAUGGCGGCGUGUACGUGUGCCGCGCUCGGAACCGCGCCGGGGAAGCGCUGGCGGCCGCAGUGCUCCUGGUAGACCCCUGGUCCCGGGAGCCACGUGACGGCCCUUCCCUGGGCCCCCCCCGGAACUGCCUGCUCCUGAGCUGCUGCGACAAGGCGCCGGAGCAGCCAGGACCGCGGCACCGGCAUGCAGCGGGGCCCGAGCCUGAGCCCUGGGCGGCCCUGACCAACGGCGAGGCGGCCCCCAGCGCGCCGCGGGCGAAGGCGUUUGCCGUGAGCGAGGGGAAACACGCCAAGUUCCGGUGCUACGUGACGGGCAAGCCCAAGCCCGAGAUCAUGUGGAAGAAGGACGGGAAGGCCGUCGUGCCAGGCCGCCGGCACCUGGCCUAUGAGGACCGCGAGGGCUACUUCAUCCUGAAGGUGCUGUACUGCAAGCCCCAGGACCGGGGGCUCUACGUCUGCACCGCCUCCAACACGGCCGGCCAGACGCUCAGCGCCGUGCAGCUCUGUGUGCGAGAGCACCGGGUGCGGUUCCAGGUGCAGCUGGAGGACGUGGAGGUCCAGGAGCGUGAGGACGCGGUGCUGGAGUGCCGGGUGCCGCUGGAGACCAUCCCCACAGCCUGGUACCUGGAGGACAAGCCGCUGCAGCCCAGCCCCAAGUAUCUCAUGGAGGAGCGGGGCCGUGUGCGGCGCCUCACCAUCCGCGAUGCCCGCACCGACGAUGAUGGCAUCUACCUCUGCGAGAUGCAGGACCAGGGCCGCAGCAUUGCUGAGGUCUCCGUCAGAGGAAUGAUUGUGAAGCGGCUGCCGCGGAAGCUGGACGUCAUGGAGGGGGAGAACGCCGCCUUCUGCGUGGAGACGCGGGAGGCCGUGGAGGGCAUCUGCUGGCGCCGCAAUGGGCAGGAGCUGCAGGAGUCGCCCUGCACCGUGCUCAAGAGCUUUGGCAAGACCCACCUGCUGGUCCUGGUGCACGUGACGCGGGAGGACGCCGGCAUCAUUGCCUUCGCUGUUGGGGACUCAGAGACCUUGGCCCAGCUCCGCGUCAAAUGUGCGAAGCGUGUCCCACCCAGCACGCCCGUGGCCGCCUGCAUGAGCACAGAGCACAGCAACGCCGCACUGCUGACGUGGUGUCCUGCGCCCGACGUGCAUCGCAGCCCACCCGGUGCCUACGUGCUGGAGCGGCAGGAGGCCGGCACGGCUGAGUGGGUGCAGUGCCUCACCACGGACACGGCCGGCGCCGUGGAGGUGCUGGGCGACAGUGUCCCCGCCGAGGCCGACUACCGCUUUCGCCUCUGUGCUGUCAACAAGUACGGAUGCAGCGCGCAUGUCGAGUUCCCCGGUGCCGCGCACCUCGUGCCCCUCGCCCGCGUGGAAAGAGCCCUGCAGGACGCUGUGGUGCAAGAGGGUGAGGAUGCCAUCUUCUCCUUGGAGCUCUCGGCCUUGGUGCGUGGUGCCUGGUUCCUCAAUGGGGCAAGGGUGCUGGAGGAGAAGGAACAGGAAGGCCGGCGGUGCUGCAUCUGGCACAGCAAGACAGAGCACGCACUGCAGAUCCGCGGGGUGCGGCUGACGGAGGACGGGGCUGAGGUGCGCUUCGUGGCCCAUGGGCUGCAGGAUGUGGCCAUGCUGCAUGUGCAAGCCCCGCAGGUGCGCAUCGUUGCGGUGCCCGAGGCCCAGCGCGUGCAGACGCUCCCAGUGGGGCUGCCCCUGCUCCUGGAGUGCGAGGUCUCCCGGCCCGACGCCCCCGUGCGCUGGCUCAAGGAUGGGGAGGCUGUGCCUGGGGGCGAUGCCAUCACCAUCCAGGCAGAGGGCUGCAUGAGGAGGCUGCUUGUCCGCUCUGCCUGCCCCUUGCACUCCGGGACGUAUGCGUGCGACACCGGCAACGACGUGGUAACCUUUGCCGUGACUGUGACUGAGCCGCCCGUGCGAGUCGUCAGCUCCAACGAGACGGCAGCGCACACGUAUGUGGCAUCGGAGCGCGUGGAGCUGGUGUGCGAGCUGUCCCGCCCCGACGCCCCGGUGCAGUGGUACAAGGACGGGGUGGAGGUGGAGGAGAGCGAGCGGCUGGUGCUGCAGCGCUCGGGGCCCUGCUGCCGGCUUGUCCUGCCCUCGGCCCAGCCGCCGGACACGGGCGAGUACGUGUGCGACGCAGGCGGCGACUCCAUCUUCUACAAUGUCACCGUUGCAGAGCUGCCCGUGCGGGUCGUCAGCUCCAACGAGGCGGCGGUGCACGCGUAUGUGGCGUCGGAGCGCGUGGAGCUGGUGUGCGAGUUGUCUCGCCCCAGUGCCCCAGUGCAGUGGUACAAGGACGGGGUGGAGGUGGAGGAGAGCGAGCGGCUGGUGCUGCAGCGUGAGGGGCCAUGCAGCCGGCUCAUCCUGCCCUCGGCCCAGCCGCCGGACACGGGCGAGUAUGUGUGCAACGUGGGUGGUGACUCUGUCUUCUACAGCAUCACCGUUGCAGAGCCGCCCGUGCGAGUCGUCAGCUCCAAUGAGGCGGCGGCGCACACGUACGUGGCGUCGGAGCGCGUGGAGCUGUGGUACAAGGAUGGGGUGGAGGUGGAGGAGAGCGAGCGGCUGGUGCUGCAGCGUGAGGGACCCUGCUGCCGGCUCGUCCUGCCCUCGGCCCAGCCGCCGGACACGGGCGAGUACGUGUGCGAUGUGGGCGGUGACUCCAUCUUCUACAAUGUCACUGUUGCAGAGCCGCCUGUGCGGGUUGUCAGCUCCAACAAGGCAGCAGCGCACACGUACGUGGCGUCGGAGCACGUGGAGCUGGUGUGCGAGCUGUCCCGCCCCGAUGCCCCGGUGCAGUGGUACAAGGACGGGGUGGAGGUGGAGGAGAGCGAGCGGCUGGUGCUGCAGCGUGAGGGACCCUGCUGCCGGCUCGUCCUGCCCUCGGCCCAGCCGCCGGACACGGGCGAGUACGUGUGCGAUGCGGGCGGCGAUUCCGUCUUCUACAAUGUCACCGUUGCAGAGCCGCCCGUGCGGGUCAUCAGCUCCAACGAGGCGGCGGUGCACACGUAUGUGGCGUCGGAGCGCGUGGAGCUGGUGUGCGAGCUGUCCCGCCCCAGCGCCCCGGUGCAGUGGUACAAGGAUGGGGUGGAGGUGGAGGAGAGUGAGCGGCUGGUGCUGCAGCGUGAGGGACCCUGCUGCCGGCUCAUCCUGCCCUCGGCCCAGCCUCCGGACACGGGCGAAUACGUGUGCGACGUGGGCGGCGACUCUGUCUUCUACAAUGUCACUGUUGCAGAGCCGCCUGUGCGGGUCAUCAGCUCCAACGAGGCGGCAGCACACGCGUAUGCGGCAUCGGAGCGCGUGGAGCUGGUGUGCGAGCUGUCCCGCCCCAACGCCCCGGUGCAGUGGUACAAGGACGGGGUGGAGGUGGAGGAGAGCGACCGGCUUGUGCUGCAGCGCUCGGGGCCCUGCUGCCGGCUCGUCCUGCCCUCCGCCCAGCCGCUGGAUGCGGGCGAGUACGUGUGCGAUGCGGGCGGCGACUCCGUCUUUUACAGCGUCACUGUUGCAGAGCCGCGGGUGAGGAUCCUGUGCCCGCAGGAGCGUGUGCUGGAGCUGCGGGUGCUGGUGCUGGAGCGCGUGGAGUUGGCAUGUGAGCUGUCUGUGGCGGAUGCCCCAGUGCGCUGGUUCAAGGAUGGGCUGGAGGUGGACGAGACGGACGACCUGCUGCUGAUGGCUGAGGGCACCCGGCGCUGCCUGGUCCUCCCGCGGGCUGGCACUGAGGAUGCCGGCGAGUACAUUUGCGAGACGCGGGAUGAGUCUGUCUCCUUUGACGUCAGGGUGUCCGAGCCCCCGGUGAGAAUCCUGCAGCCUUGGAAAGCCCCCCCGACCCUGCAGGCCUGCACGGGGGAGACGGUGACACUGGCCUGCGAGCUCUCACGUGUGAGCGCAUCCGUGCAGUGGACCAAGGACGGCACCUGGCUGGAGGCUGGUGGGAGCCUUAUCCUGGAGGAGGAGGGCACACACCGACGACUGGUCAUCCCCGCGGCUGGCCCGGAGCACUCUGGGAAGUAUGUCUGCAACGUGGGCAAUGAUGCCAGGACCUUCACUGUGCAGGUGUCAGACCCGUGCGUGCGGAUCCUGGGCCAGGGUGAUCUGCAGACCCAACGCCACUGCCAGGCGGGUGAGGACCUGGUGCUGGAGGUGCAGCUCUCACACGCCCAUGGGGAGGCCAAGUGGUACAAGGAUGGGGAGAAGCUGCAGGACACGGGGCGUGUGCGUGUGGAGGAGGAUGGGGCCCGGCGUGCGCUCAUUGUGCUGGGCGUGGAGAGCCAUGAUGUGGGCGAGUACCUCUGCGAUACCCGUGACGACAGCCUCAUCUUCUACGUCACCGUGGAAGUCCCCAGGGUGGUGGAGAUCAUCUCGGAGCUGCGCAACCUGACGGUGAUGGAGGGCGAGGAUGCCACGUUCAAGUGUGUGGUGUCCCCGGAGGAUGUGGCACUGACGUGGCAGCUGGGGGGGCAGGUGGUCGCACCCUCAGAGCGGCUGGUGGUGAGCACAAAUGGGCUGUGCCAUGGCCUCACCAUCCGGCAGUGCCAGCCAGGGGAUGCGACUACUGUGACGGCCAACGCCGAGGGCCUGGUGAGCGCGGCCCGGCUCAGUGUGCAAGAGGCCGAGGUGCUGUUCGUCCAGAAGCUGCAGGACAUGGUGGUGGAGGAGCUGCAGGACGCCUGCCUGGAGGUGGAGCUGAGCCACGCGGGUGCUGAGGUGCAAUGGCUGAAGCAGGGGGUGCUGCUGCAGCCGGGGGCCAAGUACCAGCUGCAGGAAGCCGGGCGCCGGCGCACCCUCACCAUCUGCAGCCUCAGCCCCUCAGACCGCGGCACCUACCGCUGCGAGACCCUCCACGACCGCACCCAGGCCAAGCUGAGCGUGGAGCCCCGGAAGGUGAUGGUGCGGAGGCCGCUGUCGGACGUGGAGACCUUCGAGAAGGAGAUGGCCACGUUCGAGCUGGAGCUGUCCCACGCUGGUGUGGCUGGGGCCUGGGCACGGGAUGGCGUGCGUGUGAAGCCAGGCCCCGCCUGCCGGCUCAGUGCCACGGGCUGCACGCACAGCCUGACGCUGCUGGCGCUCACACUGGAGGACUCGGGAACUGUUACCUUCACCGCCGACAGCCUGCGCUGCAGCGCCCGCCUCACUGUCAGGGAGCGCCCGGUCACCAUGGUGAAGACCCUCCGGGAUGUGGGUGUCCCCGAGACGGGGGCAGUGAGCUUCGAGUGCGAGUUGUCCCGUGCCUCUGUGGAGGUGAAGUGGUACAAGGAUGGGACGGAGCUCCGGGCAGGGCCCACCUGCCGCCUCUACUCGGUGGGACGCCGGCGCAUCCUGCAGCUCAGCCACUGUGGCCUGCCUGACGCCGGUGUGUACACGUGCGACGCCAGUGAUUGCCAGACCUCCGCCACGCUGGCGGUCUACGGAGUUGCUGUCCCAUGCUGGAGGCACCUGGCCCCUGGGGCCCCCUCCCAGCCCUCCCCACUGGGACCACGUCCUGGCCUUGCAGAGCGCCGGGUGCACGUGCUGAGGGAGCUGGAGGCCGUGCGCGUGCGCGAGGGUGAGAACGCCGUCUUCACCUGCGAAGUGUCGCAUGAGGACGUGCCGGGUGAGUGGUUCCGCGACGGUGAGAAGAUCAAAGUCUCCGGCACCGUGAAGAUUCGGCAAGAAGGGACCAGGCACUUCCUGCUCAUGUGCAGCGUGCGGCCAGAGGAUGCGGGGCAGAUCCGGUUUGUGGCCAAGACGGCAGCCUCUGACGCCAGUCUGCAGGUGGAGGCGCUGCCCAUCCGGAUCGUGCGGCCGCUGCGGGACAAGACAGUGCUGGCGCAGCACAAGGCCACGCUGGAGUGCACCGUGUCUCACACCCGUGGCCGCGUCCGCUGGUUCCGCGGCGACACCGAGAUCUUCGGCGGUAUCUUCGGCGGUGGCGAUAAGUAUGAGAUCUGCAACCUGGACUGCUACCGCACCCUUGUCAUCCAUCACGUGGGCCCCGAGGACGAGGCCACCUACACCUGCGACGCCCUGGAUGACCGCUCCAGUGCCCGCCUGCUCGUGGAGGCGGAGAGCGUGCAGGUGGUGCGGGGCCUGCGCAGCGUGGAGGUGGUGGCACCAGGUGAGGCACGGUUCGAGUGCGAGGUGUCAGCAGCACUGCCGGCCCCGCCGCGGUGGAGCCUGAAUGGGGAGACACUGAGGGCCGGCGCACACGUGGCCAUGGAGAGCGCGGGCCGCGUGCACCGCCUGACACUGCGCCACACCUCGGCCGGCAUGAGCGGCGUGGUCAAGGUGGCCGUUGGCAAUGCCCGCUCCAAGGCCCAGCUCACCGUGCGAGGGCGCUAGGAGCCAGAGGGCCGCGGCGGCGUGGAGCUCGCAGGCAGAUGCGCCUGUGGGGUAGCCCCAGGUCCUGUCAAGCGAGCUGCUGGUGGCAGAAAGGAUGGACAGAUGGACAGGCCCUGCCCCUGCCCCGGCGGGGGAAGGGGUGGUGGCUGCUUCAUUAUCAUUAAACACCUCCAUUAAAUGCCUCCAUCUCUUGCCGUGUGUGCUGCCGGAAGCGUCCAGCUGUGAGGCCUGGGUGACGGGAAGGGGUCGGUGGCUCUGUGCGCAGCAGGGCUGCUCUGUGCCUGCGUGUCACGGCGUGUUGGACCAGACGCCCCCACGGCCCCAGGGCUGCAUGGAGCCAGGAC